AUGUCUUCAUAUGCUAAUGGAUACCCUAGCGGGGAUGUUGCUUGGGUUUUAUCAUCGUCCGCUCUUGUAUGGCUCAUGAUUCCCGGCGUCGGUUAUUUCUACAGCGGUAUGGCCAGAAGCAAGAAUGCCCUAUCACUCAUUAUGCUUAGUAUUAUUUCCGCCGCCGUCGUAUCUUUUCAGUGGUGGCUAUGGGGAUUCAGUCUGACGUUCGGUCCAGCCCCGAGCAAACUCAUUGGCAACUUGGAUUACGCGUUUUUUAGAAAUGUCGGUAACACCCCAUUGAACGAGACCGCCAAACAACAAAUGUCAACAACAAGCAACUUACCCGUCUCCGUAUUCGCCAUCUUUCAAUGUAUGUUCGCCGCAAUCACUCCCGCCCUAGCCAUCGGUUCUGCUGCGGAACGUGCGCGUAUACUUCCAACAGCUGUCUUCAUUUUUAUCUGGUCCACGAUAGUGUAUGAUCCUAUCGCUUGUUGGGCAUGGAAUGUCAAUGGUUGGUCAAAUUUGUUGGGAGGCCUUGAUUUCGCUGGGGGUACCCCUGUGCAUAUCUCUUCGGGUGCCGCGGCUCUCGCUUUUUGUCUAUUUAUUGGAAAACGUCAGGGUCAUGGAACUGAUGAAUUUAAGCCUCACAAUGUUGCCAAUACUAUGAUUGGAACUGCUUUCCUCUGGUUUGGAUGGUUCGGAUUCAACGGAGGUUCUGAGUUGGCCGCCAAUUCUCGCGCUGCCAUGACUUGUUUUGUCACCAAUUUAGCUGCCUCAGUUGGCGGUCUCACUUGGUGUCUACUUGACUACAGACUCGAAAGAAAAUUAUCAGCUCUUGGCUUCUGUUCCGGCGCCGUCGCUGGUCUCGUCGCCAUUACUCCCGGUUCCGGUUAUGUUGGCACACCGGCCGCCGUGGUGUUCGGAAUAGUUGCCGGCAUCGCAUGCAAUAUGGCCGUGAAAUUAAAACAUAUAUUUAAUUUCGAUGACGCUUUAGACGUAUUUGCUGUGCACGGUGUUGGUGGCCUGUGUGGCAAUAUUCUUACCGGAGUCUUCGCUCAGAAAUCUAUUAUUGCUGCUGAUGGCACGGACCUUCCCGGAGGUUGGAUAGAAGGACAUUGGGUCCAAAUUGUUUAUCAACUUGCCGGUUCUGUCGCCGGAAUGACUUUUUCUUUCGUUAUGACAUAUCUCAUCCUUUCCGUUAUGAACUUUAUUCCUGGACUUACGAUCCGUGCUGCUCCAGAAGACGAGGCCAUUGGACUUGAUGAAACCGAAAUUGGUGAAUUAGCAUAUUACCACAUUGACAGGCUUGUCGCGGUGAACACAAAAACUAAUGAGGAAAGAAUCGCCAAAGAGGAAACGAUCCACCUACAAAGCGAUUCUGGUGUUUAA